AUGGGUCGCGAUUCGGUUAAACGUGUCCAUUCCGCAGACCGUCGCUCGAAGAGGUCUCGCGGCCACGAUCCACAAAAAUAUUCAGUUGUGAAGUCUUAUAGGAAAAGAACGCGAGCUGAACGCUCCUUGCUUAGUAGACAUCGAUCGAGAUCCCGUGAAGCACGGAAAUAUCCGGGCAACGAGAUUGGCGGCGAACGUAGUCCGAGAGGCUCGUCACGUCAUGGUUGCCACUGUCCCACCAAGAUAUACCAAAAGUCGAGGGAACAUCGCUCGAGAAAAUCUAGAUACGACAAGCAUGGCGGUGAACGACACACGAGAGGUGCGCAACGUCAUAGUCGUCAUCGUUCCCGUACAUCUCUAAGGGAGCGGCCACGCCGCUAUUCAACGUACUCGUCCUACAACGCAUCGUCCUCAUCAUCUUACACAUCGGGCAAAACAUCUCAGGGAAGAGGUGGAUCCUUGCUCAAUACCCGAGCAAGGAAACACAACCAGGCUCAUAGUCGACGUGAACGUUGCUCAUAUAGCUUCACAUCUGAGGAACGUGAACGCAGCCAAUCGCAAAGUGCGCCGCCCGAGAUUAUGGAUAGAAAAGAGGGCGACACUGCCCUGCCCCCUGAAGCAAUGAAUCUUUUAGCUGGAGUAAAGACUGUCGUUUCAGGUCCGCAGAUACACACGUCUUUAGCUGAGAUGUGGACAAAGAUUCUAAAAUCAGGGCUGCUAAAAGAAGAGAGGAAAGAGCUCCAGGAAAAAUAUCCGACCACAGUAAACUGCCCGAUGCUACAAGCCCCGAUUCUUAACCUAGAAGUUAAGUCAAUAGACAGUAUGGCAAUGAAAAAGGACAACUAUCAAGUGAGUGCACAGCCACAGCUGAGCACUGGUGUGGAAGCAAUCGGUCUUUGUCUCACCGAAAUUCUGAAGAAAGAGAAGGAAUUAACUGAUGAGCCUUCUUUAAAUCUUUCUCACCUACUCAGAUUGUUGGGUGACUCUGGCAGACUCCUCACUCAUAUGCAUUAUAGGAUGUCCUGUACAAAGCCUAUUUUGAUAAUCGAAUGA